AUGAAUAAUCUUUUAUCAAGUCUUUUUAGUAAAAAAAAAAAACAUAAUGAUAAUGAGGAGUUGGUGGAUAGUGAAAAAAGAUCUGUUAUUGUUCCAAAUAAAAAAAGUAACAAAAAAACAAAAGAUAAAAAUUUAAAAGAUGAUAUAAGUUUUAGUAAAAAGAGUAGUUCAAGUGAAGGAAAUGGCAAUAGUGGUAUUAGGGAAAUGGCGGGUGGUAAUGCGGGCGGUGGCAAUGCUGUUGAAGAUAAUGAUGGUGAAUUACAUCCUGUAGUCUAUUGUGUAUCUGAUGUUAAAGGGUUAUUAAAAACUGAUAAAAAGUGGAUUCAAAUAAGUGGUAUCGAAGAAGAAUUCCUAACUCAACAUUUCACUACUGUUUUAACUGUAUUAAACUUUUUAAGAAGAAGAGAAUUGGUAUAUUACAAAUUUAUCGAACAACCUGAACAAAUUAGUCAAAUGAACAAGGAUCAGCAAACUCCUAAAUUUGAUAGUAGAAAUGUCUCAAUCCCAGAAAUAAUUAUUAAAAAUCAUAUUUCAUUAUUAGAAGAGGAUAUUCUUAAUUCACCAUCUAUUACAGAUAAUUGUAAUAGUAAUAGUAAUAAUAGUUUAAAGCCAUUGGAUUUAAAUUUAUUAAAAAUUAAUAGUGAUGAUAUUAAUAUUAAUAAUAACGGUUCUACAACACCAACAUCAAAUAUAAUCUUAACACCAAAUAAUAUUUCAGGUUUAUCAUAUUCAUAUUGUUAUCCAGGAAGAAAAAAGAGAAUUGAUUCAAAUCGUAUUUUUGUUUCACCGGGCCAAUUCUUUAAGUUUCCAGAGGAAUAUGACUUGGCACUUGAAAAGCUAUUAAAUGAAGGUAAUCCAAAAGAACAUUAUAAGAAUUUAGAUUUCGAAGCAAGAGGUGGUUUUGGAAGUGUAUUUGCAGCAAAAAAUAAAACUCCACAUUCAGUAAUGGAAAAGCAAAUGGUUGCCCUCAAGAAGAUGCCUAAUAAAACCAACAAGCAAAAGAGAAUGAAUCUUAGUGAAAUUGGCUUUAUGAAGUAUUGCUCACACCCAAAUAUUGCAAAGUUUUUAUGUUCGUUCCAAAAGUCUGAUGAGUUUUGGUUAAUUAUGGAGUUUAUGGAAGGUGGAACUCUUUCUCAAGCUAUUAGGAACUUCAAAUUCUGUGAAAGAAAGAUUGCAUUCGUUUGUAGAGAGGUAUUGAAGGGUAUUGAAUACCUCCAUAGCAAGAAUAUUUGUCAUAGAGAUCUAAAGAGUGGUAAUAUUAUGAUCAGUGUCAAAGGUGAAGUUAAAAUCAUUGAUUUUGGGUUGGCAAUUGAUUUCAAUAUGGAAAAAGAAGAAAUAAACAUGUGUGGUUCAUCAUACUGGAUGCCUCCUGAGCAAAUUAAUGGCAAGUUUCAUUCAAUCUCUGCUGAUAUUUGGAGUUUUGGUAUUUGUGUGGUAGAAAUGUUGGAUGGAAGAGUACCAAACUACGAUUCUCGUCUCAGAGCAAUGGUAACUGUUGCGACCGAUGGUUUAAAAAUUUCACAAACUGAACGUCCUCUAUGGUCUUUUGAAGCUUUGGAUUUCGUUUCUCAAUGCCUACAGUUUGACCCAUCAAAAAGAUCAAAAGCAAUUGACCUCUUAAAUCAUCCUUUCCUUCAAAAAGCUUGUGAUAUUAAAGAAAUUAUGGAUAUAUUACCCGCUUUGAAUAUGGCCAAUGUUUUAGAAAGACAAGGCUUGUUAAUUUAAUAC